UCGCUUAUAAUUUAAACUUAUUGCCAGUCAAAGAUCGUUCAAACAUUUUUGUUUCUCUCUCUCUCUCUCUGUGAAACCCACUUUUUCUUUCUCUCACACCUUCAUGGAGAGACCAGACUCAGACAAUGAAAGAAGGAGAAGACUUGCGGUUGCGAAGAACAAAGGGGUGGUAGUCCAGUGCGCACCAAGGCGCAUGUUAGCACUGCCUCCACCACCACUUCCCGUUCCUGCUCAUCCAUCGAAUCAGGCGAAGCUAGCAGCCAUAGCCGUCGAUUUAAACGUACGGCUGAGAUCAGCCGACAUGCCCCCUUCAAUGCAAGAACGUGUGAUCAGACACGCUAGAGCUCUUCUCGACUCCAACGCCGACAACAAGAAGCUCAAUAACACUCACUUGUCUCUGUGUCUUAAAAAGGAAUUCGAUGCAGUGUACGGUCCGGCAUGGCAUUGUAUUGUGGGGAAGAGUUUUGGGUCAUUUGUGACGCAUUCGAGUGGGGGAUUCGUGUAUUUUUCGAUGGACAAGCUGUGUUUUCUGCUGUUCAAAACAGAGGUUCGUCCGGUUGUUAAAAAGUCUCCAUUGUUGCUCCAGUUUAACACUUGAUAGGGUGGGUUGGGGGGAGAAAUUAAUUUUGAAAUUUGUUAUACACUCUGACAGCUGGGUUAAGUUGUUUAACAGGUGUUAGACUGGAAUUCCUCUCAAAGUCAUUGCUCGCAUUAUAGGUUUUGAUGGAGUUUGGAGGGAAUUAGUUUAAAUUUGUGAGUCCAACUUAAUUUCUUUGUUGGUCUAAUUCAUCUGUCAUUUUAAUU